AUGGCGGACAAGAAGAAGUCAAAGUGUUCGAAAACCGGCAAGUUUGAGCUACCGAUUAGGGAUUAUAAAAGAAAAUUAGUAAAAGCAGUGAACGAUAAUGAUUUCCUGGUUGUUGUGGGUGAGACUGGAAGCGGAAAAACUACUCAACUUCCGCAAUAUCUUCACCAAGCUGGGUAUACUUCUCGGGGACAAAUGAUUGGUGUUACACAACCAAGACGUAUUGCUGCGAUUUCAGUUGCGACACGCGUGGCAGAAGAAACGGAAUGUCAGUUAGGAGGUGAGUGCCUUUCUGAAAGGUAGCUAGUGUAAUCCACCCUACGUGCACCUACAUCACAACUAGUACAUGUUUGUACAACGUGGUGUUUUACAUGUACAUGUAAAUGUUACGGCUCAAAAUUAAAUUCAGGCCUAAAAUUUUUAACCUAGGUUGUCUCUCAAUUUGCUUGUCUCCUAGCCCUAAUUCAUAAUUAAGACUAGGAGACAAAGGAAAUCCAGAAUAAACAAACGUUAAAAAUUUUAAACCUGAAUUUAAUUUUACCUGUAACAUAUACAUUUAUAGACAAUAAAAACAAGUGCACAGGUCUAAACUAAUUGUUAUAACCAUUUCAUUGUUGCUGUUUUUCUCACACAUUAAAAUUUUCUGUUGUUUUCAGAAACUGUUGGUUAUCAAGUGCGGUUUGAUGACUGCACCAGUGACAAAACUCUUAUCAAGUACAUGACUGAUGGCUGCCUGUUGCGAGAAUUUCUUGAUGAUCCUGUGCUUAGCAAAUACAGUUUAAUUAUCUUAGAUGAAGCUCAUGAAAGAAGUUUGGACACUGUGAGUUCAUGUCCUUGUGAUCUCUAGUCUACGGAUUAUUAAUUUUCCUUCACUUAAGUCUCCCAUCUUUAAACUGCCCACCUCCUUUCACCUCUCUGAAAAUUUGCAGGAAAUUGGAUCUAUUCUAUAAACAAAAAUUAAUAUCAUCACAGGCACAGACAAAUAUAGUGAGAUUUAUAUUACUAGUACAAACAUAUGUCAGGGAGACUCUAGUAGAACAAUCCAAGAGAGCUGGCAUCAGUGACUCUGAAUUACUUAGCCAGUGAAUAGGUUCCCUGUUUUGGGGUAAAGGGGUUAACAAUCAUGACAAGACAGCAUGCAAGAGAAAAAAUUUACUGUAAUGAGGGAAGAGCUCCCCUUGAGCUCCCCUUGCCUUUCACUCUCCCCAGUCCCUCGCUCAGUUCACUCCGCUUGCCACUUGUUUCUCUUUUGCCCCACCAAGGAGACUGGUCCCUGGCUAUUUUAAUCUAAACUGAAGCAAUCAAGACACAACCACAAUAUCUUCAACUACUAGAUAUUGCUUUAUGUUUACUUAAAAGAUAAACCAAUUCCUUUGAGACGCUUCAGUGAAUUCUGCCUGUUUAGCCCUAAACCUGGUUUUCAUUCUUUUAAAUGUCCAAUAUUAUUAUUUCCACUGAACUGAAAAAAAUGGUAUCUUCUGUAUGCUUUAUUUCAGGAUAUACUUUUUGGUUUAGUAAGGAAGCUGUUUCACAAUCGAAGAGAACGAUCAGAUGAUGCAUAUAAACCUGUUAAUCACCUACCAAAGAUUGUGAUUAUGUCUGCCACCUUAAAUCAUGAAAAGUUUUCUGAAUUCCUUGGUGGUUGUCCUGUCUUUGAAAUUCCUGGACGUUGUUUUCCUGUAGAAAGUGUCUUCCUAAACUAUGUUGGUGUUAAAGACUUACAGACACCUAAUUAUCUGAAGCGUGUAAGUUUGUGGCUCUUUAUAAUGUAGGGAAUGGAAAAUACAUAAAAAUUUUAUGUUGACUUUAAUGGUAAACUAACCACAGAUAUUAUCUAAUGUCACUCUCUGGGUUUUUUCCUUUUUCAUAAUAAUCUGGUUGUUAAUAUUUAUUUAUUAUCUGCAGACUACCUACAACUGUUAUUGAAGACAAAUUGCCUUAAAACAUAGUCUAGUUUUGACCAAAGAAUUGUCUAUGAGGGGAUAAUCCAAAAUGUUGAUAGAUGGAGAGACCAGUCAUAGGACAAAGUUGAGAUACAGUGAUGCACCUGUCCCAUAAUAUUUGUAAUAAAUUAUUAUACAGCUUUCUAAUGGUCUCUACCCAGUAUUCAGUACCAUGAAUCCUUUCAGUUGCAAGAUUAUGUUCAUAAUAUUAUUUUUCUCACAAAAUUCAUUGGGAAUUAAUGUAACAGUAUUGACUAGUGAUAGUGAAGUGCAUGGCUAAGCUGUUUACUAUUUGGUGUGUCUGAUAUUUAGGCGAUAGAAACAGUGAUGAGAAUUCAUCUUGAAGAACCACCUGGAGAUGUUUUAGUUUUUUUAACUGGUCAGGAGGAAAUUGAGCAUGCAUGUGACAGGUUGUUUGAGGCUGCAGAGGAUGUGGACUACAGCCAUGAUGUCUAUUAUAAUGAAGUAGAGGCUAUGCUUAUUUUACCCCUCUAUGGAUCCAUGACAACAGGUUUGUGUAAUAUAUUAAACAUAGCUUUGUUUUCAGAGAAGUUGAUCAAUAUUUUAUGCUGUGCAUGUGCAAAGUAAUGACAUUCGCUAAUGUACAGGAUGAAAUAAACAUGUACUCUGAAGGUACUUGUAGGAUAAUUAUUAUUUAUGUAAUAGGAUUGGAGGGCAGCCUCUUGUAAUAAUGUAUGUGUAAUUGCACUUUCAUUUAUAUGUAUUUUUUACUUUAGAUUUUUUUGUGCACAGACACAUACACACUCUAGAAUUUUGGCUAAAACUGUUCAAUACAAAUGUUGUUGACAUUAAUGUGAAUUUAUGAAGGGUCAAUUUUCUAUAUGAAGAUAAUGUGAAAAGGUUUUUUUUUGCUCAUUGACAACUAGUAGCAUAAAUUUUGUGUUUUAUCUUCUCCUUUUUCUCUAGAAUAGACAUAAUCCAUACUUAAUUUACUUUAUAGUGCUCUCUUGUUUUAGAACUGCAGAAAAGAGUGUUUGAUCCUCCCAGCCCAGCUGUGCGGAAAGUUGUUGUGGCAACCAACAUCGCAGCCACUUCACUUACUAUUGAAGGCAUCAGGUGAAUGGCUAGCUCAUUCCUUUUCCCCUUCUACCACUGUGCAAAGUCAACCUUCAUGGGUUCAAUUGAAAAUUUUAAAUUAUUAUUUGACCAAAGAAAAAUGAACCCAAAUGUGAACUGUGCUUGCAAAGCCAUUACACUAGAUAAACUAUUAAUAAUAGGCUAAAAACUACCUCUUUAUGCUAUUCUACCUGACAUCUCAGACACUGUGGUUGCAUUAAUUCACUAUUUACUGGCAGAAUGCACUGUUGAUUUGAAAAGUGUAAUAUCAUCCAGAGCCACCAAUUCUCUUUGUAUUUUGUAGGUAUGUUGUGGACAGUGGUUUUGUAAAGCAGUUGUCUUACAACCCACGCACAAGGCUUGACUCUCUGAAUGUUGUCUUGAUAUCAAGGUGAUUUAAGAAUUUUCUGUCACUGUUGAAGCUCACAAAAUUAAUUCAUAUUUAAUAUUAAUCAUUCAAUAUAUAGUAUAAUUAUAAAAUUUUUUAGCACUAAGAAAUGAAGUUGUAACUGUAAGCCAUAAAAAUUAAUGUUGUAACCAGCUUACCGGUGUUUUAUUAUAAUGUUACUUUACAUUGCACAAAAUAAUGUCCUUUUAGUAAAUGCAAGCUGGGGAAAUAAAAGAAUACAGACUGUUAUAAUUUAACAUGCAUGUACGUACCUUGUUUGUACAUUUCAGGUCUGAAGCUAUUCAAAGAACAGGAAGGGCUGGUAGAACCGCUCCUGGAAAAUGCUUUCGUCUUUUCUCGAAGUAAGAAUUUGUCUUCUCCAUUCUUUCUGUGUUAAGUGGGAUGGUUUUUUUAAAGAACAGAUCUGUAAGUUAAACCCCUGUACUAGGUCUUGUAGGUAAACAUUCUCAAGGGGCUAGAUUAUUUUUUUUGUUUUGUUGCUAUUUUAGAGAGGUGUAUGAUACAGCUAUGACAGAAGAGACAAUCCCAGAAAUACAGCGGACAAGUCUGGGUCAUGUGAUCCUGUACCUUAAAUCCAUGGGAAUACAUGAUGUGUUAGGGUAAGGACUAUUAAAGCUAGCAUGUGUCAUUCUUUAUGUAAAUAUGAACUGACGUCUAGCAAUGUAAAUAGGAAAUCAUUCAGUUGGUUAAAUUAACAUGAUUCCGGGUAUGUGAGAGGAAAACUGGUCUAGAAAAAGUGGCAGAAAUCUUUGUAAGGUUUAGAAUUUCUAGAAAUGGGUACACUUGGAAACAGCAGCAGAAAGGCCAGACUAUAUUGCAAAGCUGUUGGGAAGGGACAAGGGGGUAGGGACCUUUUUAAGCUUCACCCAGACUUACACUAAUGUUGAUGAAGAAAGAAAACCCACACACUACAACAAAUCAUGAUUUAUAUCUUUUCUACAGACUUGCUUUGAAAACUAGGACAUCAUCAUGGAAUUUUCUUUUUAACUUUAGUCCAAACAAAUAAUUUAUAUGCAAUAGAACUUUUUACCGAUACGGCAGCCAUAGUGAAUUAAUUCGAUUUAAGGAGUAUUAUAGGAUGCCCAGAGGGCAUGAGCACAUUCCGGUGUUAUUUUCGAGCGCUUUUCGGGACAUUUUUUCUUAAAGUUUUCUUAGAAUAAUAUUGUAAUGAGAAAAAAGAUCCUUGUACCGUGUUUGGAUGUAAUAAUGAUCGCCUUUUUCUAGUUUAGUAUUAGAAAUAUUAUGGUCUUCACUGUAUAUUUCUCAGGAAAAAGGCAAUCAUUAUUACAUCCAAACACAGCACAAGGAUCUUUUUUCGCAUUAGAAUCUUAUUCUACAAAAACUUUGAGAAAAAAUGUCCUGAAAAGUGCUCGAAAAUACUAUCGAAAUGUGCUCAUGCCCCCUGGGCAUCCUAUAAUACUCCUUAAAUCGAAUUAAUUCAAUAUGGCCGCCGUAUCGGUAAAAAGGUCUAUUGUAUAUUAUUACACUUCUUGUAUUGACUUGUUUCUGAUAUUGAAUAUUUUCUAGUUUUCAGUACAUAGACCCACCAGAAGAGAGGAUGAUUUUGGAAGCAUUGAAGCAACUUUACUUUUUUGGUGCCUUGGACAGGUAAUGAAAGUAGAUAAAGGAAGAAGACAUCCACAGACAUGUUAUCUUAGUUAUUUUAUAAAAGAUAAUUAAAAGAUUUUGUCCACUGACUUCAAAAAAUUUAAAGCUGCAUUGCUUGUCUUCAUAAGAGUUAAAGGAUUGAUAAUCUCCUGUUGUGCUUUAUUUUGUUUUGUUUUUCUUUUUACAGAGGUGGAAAUGUUACCUCCCUCGGUCGCCAAAUGACAGAAUUCCCUCUCUCUCCAGGCCUGUCCAGAACUGUUAUCCACUCGGUCAGUCUUGGUUGCGAGGAUCUUGUACUUGCUGUGGCCGCUAUGCUGUCAGUCGAAAAUGUCUUCGUAAAUCCAGGCGGGAAAAAGAAUUUGUCUUCGGCAACAAAGGUUCAUAAAGAACUUGCCGAGGAAGCAGGUGGAACGAACGACUUUGCAACGCUUCUAUACAUCUACAGACAAUGUCAUUCAAGGUUGGUUAUCCGAUAUACAAGCAAAAACCCCUGGGGACGAUGUUGUGGAGUGCAAAUAUACUCUCCGUGGUCUUGAGGAGGCGUGGUGGGUGAGGGUUUUUAAGACACAGGUUAAAGAACUAUUCGUUUCAGCUUGAAGCGUUUAACAAAACCUGUGGGCACUUACAAGGUUUUUUAAAAACGGUAGUUUUGAAGGUUGUGCAGUGUUAAAAAAGCGCUUUUGAAAGCAUUUUUCUGACAUAAGAUGCGUAAAAUGCCGACAUGUCGAUUCUUCACAAUGCGAAUUUAGAGAUACUCAGCAGUCUACAGUUGGAAGUGGUUAAAAAUUAAUUUGUUUGCGUGCUAGUCACGGUAAAGCUUUACAUGCACAAUGUAUUCUUAAAACAACUUCGUUCCCAGGGCUUUUCCCUUAAAAAAUGGGUGGGGCGGGAAAAGGGAAAAGCCCUGGGGACGAGGUUGUUCUUAAAAUCGUCGCAAGAAUUUUAGCCAUGAUACUAACAGUUUUUAGGGCGUCGCGCACUUACUACGAGAACCGCGUCCUGCGCUACAGGAAUCGCGUUGCGCGCAACGCGACUCGCGAGAGGGGAGAAACUUGCUUUUGAGCGUUUCUGAACAUACCACAUUUCACCGUCGCGGAGGUUCAGUGAAUACAUUAUCUUUCUGUCUUUUAGUUCAUCCCCUCCACGAUGGUGCCGUGAACAUUUUAUUCACUGGAGAGCGCUGAAAAUGGCCUAUAACAUUCACCAUCAGCUGGAGAUGAUUUUACAGAAACAGGCAGGUUUAUCUUGGUACAUUCUGUAACUCCCUCCAAGGCGUUUAGGGGGUAAACUAGCGAGAAUGAAAAAACAAAAUUACACCUGGCCAAUUAGACCUAUCACCCAGCAGUGCCGGAUCCAGACUUUGAGAUAAGGCGGGGGGGGGGGGGGGGGGGGAGACCCCAAAACCCCAAAAACUUUUUUGUUGCCCUUUGGGCCCCAGGUGGGGGAAAAAAUAAGGGGGGGGGGGGGGGGGGGGGGGCCCACACCCGACACAAGCAAACUGUGCGGAAUUACUGUACCAAGCACUGUGUCCAGAAAAUUGUAUGACUGUGUACUAGUGGUGUCUGGGUCGCGGUGUGGGGGGGGAGAGUGAGGGGGGGGUAAGAAGGCAAAAUGUAACCCGGCAAAGACGACUGGUCCCCCCGCGGGGCUGGAGCGGGGAUUUAGGAUAGGGGGGGGGGGGGGGGAGCGCGGGCCUCAACACAGCGAAAGCAAACAUUUCGAUCUUGACUAUCCAAGCAACUGAUUUCGAAAAGAGUAUGUCAAUGGAGUUUCCUGGCAAAUUAACGUAACUAUGGAUUCAGUGCAAAUUAAUUCAAUGUGACUCGCUCUACAUGAAAACACAAAUUAACUAACAAAAAGCGGAACUAUCCCUACAUGGCCGCGAACUUUUUAUAUGCCCUUACAUGUACUAGCCUUCUACCAUUGUGGCUUUUUGCUCGAUUCAGCACCGUAUGCGGUCAUAUGUGGUUGAGCGGAUUUCGUGUGCUCUCUUCCAGUGAGGGAGAGUUUUUUCUCAGGGUAGUCCAGUCCUCCCACGCCCCCUGGUUUUACCAUUCCCAACCCUUCCAGGUUCUAAUUCGACGAGUGGAUCCCAAAACACUUGCUGCAAAACUCCUUGAAAGCUUCAUAGACCUGUGUUUCAAGCUAAACAAGUUCAGUAUUUAACUACCAAAAACUACAUUUACGUUUUCUUUGACCCAGCAGUAGAAUAUCAACCUUACCUCUGGUUAGAGAUGCUUUCUUAGUAACCUGUGUGAUGGGUGAUCAUUUCAACCUUGUCACUACACUGUAUAUGUUUCCUCUGUCAACAGAUUGUAAAGUAUUCCCUUCGUAAGCAUGCUACAGACAACACCGGACAAAAUUCCAAACAGAUGCUAAGAAGGGCCCUGUGUAAUGGUUACUUUUGCAAUGUUGCGCGAAAGUGAGAAUGUUUCUUUUUUUCUAAGAUUAUAACAUCAUUUUUUUUCUUGCACAUGUAUAUUGCGACCCAUUUUAACUUGAACCUUUAUGCCCCAAUAUCUACGUACAAAUUUUCCAAACUGGUAUCCAUACAUUUCCUUAUAGAAUUAAUUGAGGGAAUUUGUUCAAAGUUCAAGCGGCGACCAGAAAUAUGUCACUUUACAGCCACAUAACUGCAAACCAUGACCAUUCGGAGGCCUGCAUAGCAGGCAUUCUAAAGGAAAAAAAAAGGGGAUUUGGGGCGCGUGAGAAGCGCGAAGGUUGCGCUAGGGCGAGGGAGAGGAACCUCCUCUCUUCUCCCUCGCGCACGCGCGAAUUCCCUUCCCCUUCCCUUUUCGAACGCCUGCCACGCAGACUAACCAUUCGGUUUUCGUGGCAGGACCAACCAUUCGGCUUCCAUGGCUACCCUUUCAAUAAAUGAGGGCCAGAUAUGUGUCUCAAGAAUAACCAGAUUUUUAAAGGAAACAUUCUGAAUUCCUGCUGUUUGGCAGCAUAUCGCGUCAUCGUCUACUGAGGCAGUACAUAAUAUGAAAGCACAGGAUCCGAAACCACUUGUUUAUAACUGUAGAUGUUUUCUUUCAUUCCUAGAAGCAGCGCUGGAAAUAGCUUUCGCACCAUGGAUGGACAUGGUACUCAAGUAUACAUUCACCCAUCAUCCACGGUGAGGACCUGUUGAAUGAAGAUAAAGUUUAUUUUCAUCUUUCUUUGGAUUUAGCAUAUUUUGCUCGAUUAGCCUACGCAGCUGGCGGCUUUGAACCCGCAAGGAGAUUGAGGCGAACAAAACCAAUACGCGAAAAAGCUUAAUUAGAUAUCGUUACCUGUAUAACAAGUUCAUUAGAUGUUACGUCUCUGCUUUUUUAUAGUUGUUUGGUUGUGAAGAUCAGCUUGAGUGGAUAAUAUUUCAUGAUAUCAUAUGGACCUCGAAAAUUUAUGUCAGAACAGUAUGUCCGGUGAGUAAGCUAUUUUUCGCUUGGUUUAAAGAACUACAAAGAAAUUGCCUCGACUGAAGAAUUAAUGUUCAUAUGUCUGACUGUUUGUCCGUUUGUCGAUAAUUGUCAGUGGCUUCCGGCAGAGUUAGUUAAGAGAUAGAACUUCCGAAGGAUUGGUUAGCUAACUAGCCUUUCGUGGGGAGGCGAGGGUGGGAGAAAUGCGGGACCUUUUUACCCUCUCCCCUUCCCCAUUUGACGACUGCCACGUAGGCUAACGGCUAACUGCCGUCUGACCAACCGUCAUCUGACUGACUGGCAAGUUGACUGACCGUCUGACAGACGAACAGGUCUACCUAGCUAUCGCCUAUUAACUAACCGUCUGACCUGCUAAAGGUUUUGUUGACUGAAAAAGCGUUUACUGGUCUGCCUGUUGGACUGGAUGAUUGGUUGAUUAACAAUAACUGCAGCGGCAGCGACGAAUUCGAAACUGGACUUCUGACUUACUAACACACUGGCUCACUAAUGGGAAGGAUAGCUCACCUAUUAGUUAGAAUACAAAUGUCGUUGUAACUGGCUUUGCAAUAGUUUUUCAGUUGAAUGAUCGAGUGAUUUACUGAAUUCGUGCUGUUGAAUGAAGCCACUUACUGUGUCAUGUACUAAAUUGAUUCCUUUUCUCUCUUUUCCAUUCUCUUUCAGAUACGAUACGAGUGGGUGAGAGACCUUCUUCCAAGGUUACAUGAAGUAGAUAGCUAUUCAUUGUCAGGCUGGGCAGAGGGAAAACUUACAACCAGGGAACAAGAAGCAGAUGAGAGUAAACUAAACACCGCUCGUCAAGCAGGUUUCUCGCCUUUUUUUGCCCUUUGUAGAGUACAAUAAUAAAUGGUAUUGAGCUGUUAAUAAUACCGCCCACAAAAUUUGCUAGAAUGGGUAAAGCCCUAAUUCUUUGUCAAGGAAGAACUCAUGUGCGUGUGUCUUAAACUGUGAAUGGAUCAAUCCUUGCCAGACAAUGGGAUUGGGGACGGAUCAUCUCGUUGUAACAGAGAAGUAAUUUCAAUAACCGCCCGUUGAAUUCCUUGUCUGUACUCCAGACCUUUUCCUUUGUUGUCGGAAAUUACCAUUUACCCUCCCCCACCCGAUUGAGCUAGCCAAGGUUCCAAAAAUGUUCCAAGGCUCUGGGCCAAAGUUUACAGGGCUCCAGGGCUCCCAACAAUGUAAUGAAGGGCUCCAGGCUCCAUUUUUUUUAUUAGUACUUUAUCCAAAAUCGAUCAACCAGGAAAGAACCGCCAUCUCAGGUGUGCUAGAAUGUUCGAAUGCUAGUAUGAAAGGACUCCGGGCUCCGCGGCAAACGUUUCGAGGGUUCCAGGCUCCGCAAAUGAAUAAUGUUAGGGCCCCAAGCACCGAACGAUGGGGCUCCGGGCUCUGCAGCAAACAUUUUAGGGCUCCAGGGCUCCGGUCAACGCCCCCCCCCGCCGCCUCGACCCUGGCUAGCGGCCAAUAAAUCCCUUGCGUUUUUUAUUUUCGCAAGUGUGCUCGAUGGUCUCUAAAGAGAAGAUAAUAGUCAGCUUUCUGACUGUAUUCCAUUUUAUUCAUUUCAAAACGUUAUCUCUUUAUCCCACCAGGAUCAACCGAAAAAACUCCGAAAAUCUCCAAAAGAAACACAGAGGACACCAUCACUGCUGCCAGACUACGCUUUCAAGAGAGAAAGAGGGCUCGUGAUCAGCAGCAGUAA